AGGCGUUGCGAACGACGGACGGCCGGCGGGUAUCGCAUCAGCCCAGUUGAUGACGCACUAGCGUCCGCUGCCGUAUCGUAGCGGGGACGGGAGUGGGAGCGAGCACGGAGGCACGCGGUGUGGGCCGCGCUGUCGGUGACUGCGAAAGGUAGACGCUGGUGUAGGGCCCAUGAGUCGUUCGCUGCGGCGCCACAACGCAUAGCAGCGCCGCUGCGUGCACUGCCAUCUGGGCAAGAAAACAAUUUUGAAGCGGCGUAUAUGGCCUGGAAUUGACCAUGCCGGACUCGACGAGCGUCGCGACGCGAAGAACGGGGUUCUCGCGGCCCUCGAACCUCGCCGCCGCGCUGCCGCGCUUGAGCAGCAAACGACGACGCCUCCUCUGGCUUGUGCCCGUGUUCGUGAUCGUCCAGUUCGCGUUCUUCCAGCGACAGCCGGCCUCGUCCCACGCGGCGCGCCUGGAAGACGGACAGCUUUUGACUUCGAGUCGACGACUGCUGCAAGACAGCAAGGGUCGACCGGAAUGCGUGCGGCCUUCGAUCGAAGACUUCCCUGGCGACUUCUUCACCCAGGAGGAGCGGCGACAAGGGGGCGUGGUCAUUCAUUUCAUCAUAGUCAUCUACCUAUGCGGUGUCCUGGGAUACAUCUGCGAUGACUACUUCGUUCCUUCUCUGGAGAUAAUUGCCGAAUCUCUUAACGUUCCAAGCGAUGUUGCCGGAGCGACAUUUAUGGCCGUCGGUACUUCGGCACCGGAACUUUUCUCAUCGAUUAUAGGUUCUUUCAUAACAGAAGGCGACAUCGGUCUCGGCACCAUUGUUGGUUCGGCUGUAUUCAACAUUCUGGGAGUCACCGGCGUUGCAGGUCUCGCCGUGUGGAAAAACGAUGUCCCCAUCGACUGGUUUCCCAUCACCCGAGACUGCCUAAUGUACGGCAUCACAGUGCUGGCUCUCAUUGGCGUCAUCAGUAACAACAUUGUUGAAUGGUACGAGGCCUUGAUACUGAUCCUCAUGUUCGCUGCCUACAUCGUGGUGCUGUACUACAACUCGCAGAUCGAGUAUCUCGCGCUGCUUCAGGUACGCGAGUUGUGGCUUCGUGCCGCGGUGUACCAAUGCGCAGGGGACCUUAUCGGGCCGGGUAUGACCCCCUGCCCCGACGAAAGCUGCGCCGACGACAUCUACCAUUACCACUUCUACGAUUGGCACAUUAAGGUUGAAUCACUACGGCAGAGGUGGUUCCCAGGCACCGCGGGCCCGAAACCACCAAAGGGGAGCCGCAAGUCAGUCGCCGAGGAAGCAACGCCGCUGCUUGGAGGUGGCGACGAAGAGGCGCCUGCAGUGCCAACGGCUCGCUCGAGGAGGGACUCGGCUAUGUCCGCGGGACAAGAGCGGCUGCGGCGAGACAGCGCUCUCCUAACCGAGAGCGUGUGCAAGAUCGUCGAGCAAGAGGAGCACGAGAGUGUGUGGUCGAUGCCUGACGAGGGCUCGGUCAGCCAGAUUCUGUGGGUGCUGUUCUGGCCCGCGCGAUUCCUGCUGCACUUCACGGUUCCGGACUGCAGGCGGCCGUCGAUACGCAGGUGGUUCCCCCUCACCUUUGUGCUAUCCGUGGUUUGGAUCGGCGCCGUGUCUUACGUGACCGUCUGGAUGGUCACCAUCAUCGGCUUCACCCUCGGCAUUCCGGACUCGGUGGCCGGCAUCACUCUCCUGGCUGCGGGAACCAGCAUCCCGGAGGUCUUCUCCAGUGUCAUCGUGGCGCGAAACGGACUUGGCAACAUGGCCAUCUGUAACCUCCUGGGCAGCAACAUCUUCGACGUGCUCUUCUGCUUGGGAGUGCCGUGGUUCUUCAAGGCCCUGUUUGCCUCGAGCUCUCACGAGGUCUUCAUCAACAGUGCUGCCAUGACGUACACGAGCGUAACGCUCCUGUCCACGGUGUUCAUACUGUUCUUCAUAUUCGUACUCACGCACUGGACGCUCAACUACAAAGUGGGCUUUGCCUGCGUCUUCAUGUAUGUCAUCUUCAUUGUGCUCGCAUGCAUGUACGAGCUCAACGUCUUCGGCGAGUUCAACCCACCGACCUGCACAUAGGUGGCGCGAUUGCCGCCUCCCCUCGCGCUCUUGGACUGACGGUACGCGCGCGCGCUGGACCCUGUUUGUUGGUACAAUGCGUCGUCCGAACGCUGCGGCAGUAUUUAAACGACGUUAAUGUUUUGUAAUAUAACUACCAAAUGUUUCCUUUCUGGC